CGAUAACAGCCAGUGCUGGAAAGCACGAAAGCGGCAGUAUUGAACACUACCCCAAACCAGCUGUGCAUUUGAAAAAGUAAACAAAGUUAGUCUGUUGUCUUUUUUGGUUUCUUGAAAUAUAAUGCAACUGCUGCAACGCUUGUGUACGCACAUAUACAAACACCAGCGGCACUACGUCAAGAAGCUUCGGGUGGAUUUAAAGCCCAACAUGUCCUCCAACAAGCGCAUGGUGCACCAGGAGAUCCUGCAUUAUGUAAAUCCCUUUGCGAGAAUCGACGUUAAGUCCGAUAUCUUCGUCCGCGUCCAGCCCGCCGACGUGCAUCGGUACACCAGCGGGGACGUCUUCAUAGCCCAACUUUGCGGUGGUCCUGUAAAAAACUCAAAUGUCACGCUGGACGUCAAGGUGUCGGACGACAACAAGGAGGUCAGCGUGGUGGUCAAGAAGCUGACCGAUCAGCCCUCGUCCUUCGAGUGCAUUCUACAAGUUCCAGUGCGUUCCGAUGUCUGCACUGCAGGAAAAGCCAAUGUGCGGGUAGAGGGAAUCCAGAGUGAGCUCCUGCAGGUUAAGGCUGAGGGUGGAAUCCUUACCAAGAACGUGAAGGCCACCAACAUUAGCCUGUACAGCGAGAAUGGCAACAUCAUCUGCCAGGGCACUUUGCUCGGAAAGAUCACCGAAAUAGAGACACACAAUGGGAAUAUAAGCAUGGACAAACUGCAGGGAGACAGCCUGACAGCCUCCACCAAGAGCGGAAGCAUAGUAACCGACUGUUGUUACGUUGAAGAGUCCAAGUUUGAAACAGCAACCGGCCGCUUGGACCUAAAAAAUGUCCACAAAACCAGCCAAGUUCAUGUCCAUGAUUCGGCGGACCUAAGCAUGACUGGUGUCCAUGGCAAUCUGCAGGUGGUGACCAAAGGUGGCAGCCUAAAUAUACAGCUCUCCGAGCUCGUGGGUCACAACAAGAUCGAUGCUCAGAACCUGACAGAUGAGGCCGUCAUUUACAUAUCGCAAACCAUUGAGCAGGAUCUCAAUAUCGAUGUGGGAGCCUCGAAUAUCAGUUUGGAUACCGAACUGGAGCACUUGACGCAUGCAUUAAGCGAGGACAAGAGCCGAUUCCUUCUCAGAAAUGAAAACAAUCACAAGUUGAUGGUUAGUAGCCAGGGACAGAAGGGAGUACGCCUGGGCAAACAGUCGUGGAGCGAUAUGAUGCGCCAGAAACUGCAGAAUGCCAGCAACGAAUCAACCCCGUCUAGUUAAAUUUAGAAGAGCGGAUCAUUAAGUUAAGAAUAUAUUGUGCUGCUUGGCCCGCCGACUCGUUAUCCGUAUAAUCGCUCAGGGAUUCGAGGGCCUUGGAGAACUCGGCAUCCUCUUCGGCCUUCAGAGAGG